GGGAGGAGAAGGGGGAGAAGGGGAGUAAGGAGAGCUCUCUGGCCUCACUCACUCCACUUACUAAACACGUAGAAUAUGUUUGUGGGGGAGAUGACGGCGGGGAGUGCAGUGUGCAGAUAACAACUGAUUCCCUUCUCUCCUCCAGCUCUGGGGAAAAAGGUGAAGCUUCUGUGGCGCUGGAAGCAUAACUGGAGGUGGAAUGGGCCAAAGGUCAUGCCAGGGAGGAGUGAGGAGAGUCACCUGGUAUGGCAUGAAGACUUAGGAAGCCAAGCAGCGCGAGGGCCGCUGAUGGGGGGCCGUGGCGAGAGCUCUUCACCCUGGAGCGCACUGCGUCGGGUGGCCCCCCUGAUGAUCCUGGCGUCAUUCAUCGUCUGCCUCGUCCUCUACUAUGUCUCUCCCAUGGGGGCUGCAGCAGUGUAUGCUCCCUCAGCAGCCUCUGAGACCACUGGGCUUGAUUCCGUCACAACAGAAGCUUACCGCAAGCGGCUACGCAUCAGGGGCACUCAGAGGCGGCUGCCCCAGGCCCUCAUCAUUGGGGUGCGGAAGUGUGGUACUCGAGCUCUUCUGGAAAUGCUGAACCUCCAUCCCCAUAUUCAAAAAAAUGGAAUGGAGAUGCAUUUCUUUGAUGAGGACGAGCGUUAUGCAAACGGUCUGGAGUGGUACAGGAAAAAGAUGCCGUACUCCUUUGACAACCAGGUCACUAUAGAAAAGACUCCUUCCUACUUCAUCUCGCGCGAGGCCCCCGCCAGGAUAAGGGCCAUGAACUCCACCAUCAAGCUCUUGCUCAUCGUGAGGGACCCGGCGACGCGAGUGGUGUCCGACUACGCCCAGAUCAUGGAGACGAAGCUAAAGAAAGGGAGGCAAGUGGCACCAUUCCACAAGCGAGUCCUCACGCCGGAUGGGGAGAUCAAUGACGGGUUUAAAGCAAUACAAAUCAGCCAGUAUGCAGUCCAUGUCCUGCGCUGGCUGCGGGAGUUUCCCCGAGAACAAAUACACAUCAUAAACGGUGAUAACCUAAUAAGAGAUCCCUUCGCAGAGAUCAAUAAGGUACAGCAGUUUUUGAGGCUUCCCCCCUACAUCACACCAGACAACUUCUACUUCAACGAGACCAAAGGCUUCUACUGCAUGAGGAAUGAAACAUUUCAGAAGUGUUUGGCAGAGGCCAAGGGUCGGCCCCACCCUUAUGUGGAUCCUACAGUCAUGUCUCAGUUGCGUAAGUUUUUUGUUCCUUUCAAUGAACAGUUCUACGAGAUGGUCGGCCAAAACUUUGGCUGGCCCACCUCUUAACACCUCUACUUCCCGGCGUGCUGGAGGCUGCCCGGCCCAGCACUCAGCGAGGCCAAGCACCUGCUGCCCACCUUAUCCCUUUCUCUCUGUUAUCCAUAAUCAUAGUACAAUUUCACAGUGAUACUUUAUCUUAUUUAUGUCUGUUGCAUAAAGGAUCUUUUAAGCACAAGAAGUGAAGCGAGUGACAGAGAAGUGGAGUAAUUUAUUUUUAGAUGUCUAUCUUUACGCUAGGCAAGGUUACCUGUGGCAAAACAUGCUGUGGCUAUAUCACUGUGUCUUGCUGAAUGUGUCUGUGACAAGAGAAUAUAUUUUGAGAUGCUGAUUUUGCUCAUUAAUUUAAUGGUGAAAUAGUAGCACUACAUGUGUAAGCCAUCAAGCGUUAACAUGCAUAGAGCAUAACUUUGUAAUGUCUGAAUCGGAGGCCACAUCAAUGAAUUUUCUCAAGGCAAGGCAGCACACGCCAGCGCUGGACCACCUUGUCAACACCCGCCUUGGGCUGCACCAGCACCAGGAGCAUCGGGCAAAACUAUCUCAUUUUUAAACUGAUCAUAAUGGAUAUUACAGUUUAAAAAUCUUGCUUGUAAAUAUCAGGCAUUUUGUACUUUGAUGCACAUUGCUAUAAUUAAACAUGCCACCACAUUACAAAAACGACCAACAAUGAUAUCUUUUGACAGCAAAGAUGGACAACUUUUGCUUCACUGAGGUAAAAAUUCUCCAGAAGUUUCUCAUUCUCGAACUCUGAGAUACAAAGGUCUUCAAAACAUUCCAUUUAUAAAACCUGAGAAAAUUCUUUUGUGUGGCUCCAGGCAUGGUGUGGUGUCUAGUGCAAUAGGUCCUGAUUAGUCACUCACUGUCUUGUGCACCCCAAUGAUUGGCUCUGACAUGUCUCAAGAGAGAUUUUGAAAACCCAGUUAACUGGAGAUACACUCCAAGGGACAUUCUGGAUCACAGUUUCCAGUGAGACUGUCUCAUCAAAUCAACAUAAAAAGUAAUUGACUUUUGCAUAAUGUCUUGGUGGCAGCUUCAUUAGUUUGAGAGGAUUUGUGCAAACUUUUGUGAGGAAUUAUGAGCCAAAGUGUUUCCCUGGGGCGUGGUGGCCUGGUGUGGGGCCAGGAGUUGUGAGCAUCUCCAUGAUGGCUCAUCACACCAAGGAAACAUAAAACCCAACUAAAGGAUUUAGAGCAUUUAUGUGUGUGUGUGUGUGUGUGUGUGUGUGUGUGUGUGUGUAGCCAUCAGGCUCUUUUUGUAUGCAUGUGUGUGUGUGUAGCAUGGCCAGGUAGGAUGAAGCUGAGGGGUGUUCCAUAUCAUCUUAGGCCUAAUGUUGUGAUUGUGGUAAAGUUACUGAUAUGAUGGGUUGUUAUGUUAUGCAAGUUGCUGUUAUCAGUGUCAUAAACUAAUGACAAGGAACCGCCUGUGAGUGGUAUUUACUGAUAAACAGCUGAAAGCAGCCACUCGGAGGAGGAGCCGAACACACUGAUAACAGCCGCCAGCGUGUGUUUGCAGUCUCCACUAAAAGUACCAAUUAUCAAGAGAAUUUCAUUAGUUUCUCUAUGUUCAAGACUGUCAUGGUGGUGUGUGUUCUCAAAGAUCCAACCUAAAACUAGUUUCUUAAGACUUCUUCAUAACCACAACAGUGUAUCUGGGACGGUGUGAGUGGGCAACCUUACGUACAUGUAGUCAAGUGUGUGCAUGGGUGUGUGAAAGGAAAGCAAGAACUACAGUGUGUCUAAAAACAGUUUAGUUUAACUCCUAAGCUAUAAGCACAUAUAUAAGGGAUUCAAUUCUUCUCCUUCCUCUUGGAUUGCACAUUAUACAUAUAACUCUGCACCUCUUUGGGCCUCCUCUGUCAGUCUGUGGUGAGCUCUGUGUCCCGCCUCUGCUGCAGCACCCGUAGGGCAUGACAGCACCUGGCCGGGCCACAAGCGUCGUUGUUUCUUGUGACUGUUGUUGCCUUUUACACGGGGACGAAAGGUGAUCUUCAAAUCUGCCGUGCUGCUCAAGGCGAACUGGACAAAGUUUAUUUUAAAACAAUUCUUUAAGAAGCUAACUUUUUAGAAGCUUAAAACAUCUUGUAAUUCAAUUUUCAAGAUGCAUUUUAUGGAAAGUUAUAAUGAAAGCCAUGGCAGCGCAUAAUUAAUAACAGUGAAACCACUUAAGUGAAAGGCAUGUCAGUUAUAUAAAAUGUUGUUUCAGAAGUUUUACACUUGGUAAAAGUUCAUCACAAAAUUAUGUUCUGCACUUGUACAUAGUUGAUGUUUUGAGUGUUCAUGUCAGGCACCGCUUGUAGAGAACAUGACAGGAAAACCUGAUAAACCAGCUGUGUGUGGGCUGGGCCCUUCCUUCACCAUGGCCGCAGCACACGCCAGAGGUGACGAGUGCAUGCCCUCCAGUGAGCCGCGCUCCCAGCAGCGAGCCGUGAUGAGAAGGUCACCUCUCGUCCUUACAAAAGCAGCAUUUAGUAACGAGUCUGUCCAGUCUUGCACUUAGCCUGGGGGUUGGCAUUUGUCGCCCCCACGCCUCUAUUUGCACUGAUAUUGAUGUAAUUUUUAAAGACUAAUGGCUUUGUGAUCAUCUGCUGUCUUUCAUCAUAUAUUUUGUAAUAUUUCAUUAGGUAUAUGGACACCAAAAGUAUUUUUGUGAGAGCUAUGAAGUAAUGUACAUACUUUUUUUUUAGGGGGGGGGGAGAUAUGAAUGAGGCAAAGAAUAUUUGUGCACUGAAAAUAUUAACAACUUACUUUGGGGCUUUGCCUGUUGAAUAUCUCAAAUAAAUGAUAUUUUCCUUGAUUCUCUCAUCAACUGCCUUUGUCUGAGGUGACUGUCUGUCUGGUGUUACAUCUGACUGGCUGCUGCAUUGACAACACUCACAUUUGACCGUUUUACUAGGACGUGAAGAGUAAUUCUUUCAGUCAAUCAACAAAUAUAUGUUUGUGAAUUUCCAAGUAACUCAUUUCUCUUUGUAACUGGAAAUUUAAGUUUUCAAUACAGGCUGUGUAGGGGUGAGGCGCCGGUGGCCUGCCCCGCCUGUGUUGGGGUCCUCUCCUCUGUUCCUGGCUCGGGAGCUUCAUUCCCACCUCCAUUAUAAAUCUUUAAAACUGCUCUGGGCAAACAUACACAUGUAGGGUUUUGUGUUGCGGUUAUAAAUAUAAAUGCGUCAAAAUACUCAGUGAUGGGACUUCAAGACAAAACUCGCAUACUUUAUACUCGUAUUUUUAUAUUCAAUAUUUGGUGACAAUGCGACUUAUCCAAAUCAUCGUUCAGAAAGACAACAGGGUACAGCUGCAUAUUAUAGUUCGUUAAAUUUGGGAUUUUGAAAAAAUACAUCAUCUUGGGACCAGGUAGCUAUAGUUUUAUGGUGUUAUUUUUAAAAUAUAUGCAGUGUUUACCACUGAACUCAAAGCUUUUGUCUUACUUAUGAAUGUUCGUGCUUUGAAAAUACUCUCCGUGGAUUAGUGUUAAACGUCCUUUCAUCAGUUAUAUUUUUUAGCAGGUUAAUAAAUCAAUAAACUCAACAAGUCCAGUCUUGGAUAGUCAUGAGUCAGCCCGGGCAGACUGUAACGGGGCUAAUACAAGUGGGCGUGCAUCCCACACACUUACUAAAUGCACCUAAAUGCCUGUGCCAUGAGUACUAUAUUGAGCCACAUUCCUGUAAUGCAUCAACCAGCCAUGAGAGAUGUUCCCUGCACAGGUGAGACAGACAGUCACUCAGCCAAAGCGUGGGGUAUAAAUGGAUGUGCUUUUCUUCACAAAUUCAAAGCCGAUAAUGGCAACACUAAUGAAGGGGAUCCGUGCACUGAAACUACCUCGAAGUGAAGCAUGGGACGUGCAUUUGGUCUAGUCUCCGAGACCCUUUGGGCCAAAGUAAUCCUAAGUGGUGAAGACAGCUGUAUAUUGUUCACAAAGCUUUUGAUGAUAUUCCCUAUGGUGAAUAAGUAUCUUUCAUAUUGAAAGCCUGUUGAUGUACUAUUGAUGUUGCACAUGGUAAUGAGCAUAUACAAAUCAUUAUUUGCUUCAGUUGUAUGAAGGUGUGUCUACCAUGCAGUACCGUUAACUUCAGUUGUAUGAAGGUUACUUGCGUUGAAAUGUAUAUCAUCUCACUGAGUGACACAAAGCUGAAGUGAGGUCAAAGAAUAUUUUCAACUUAAGUUUUAGUUUCCUAAGAUGUUGAAUGAUAUUUUGGUGUUGAGGCAGAUUAUAUAUUUCACAGCUUCUAGAAAUAUUAUAGUUCACUCAGAACUCACUGUUCCACUAACUCCUUACAAUGUUAUGACACUUUUCUGCACACUGUGCCGGGAACUUCCCUGAAUGCACCUGAGCUGAGUGCAGGCAGGGUGUGUCUUGAGGCACAGUGUGCAGGGAAGCAGUGACUGGCUGGCUAACAGGUGGAGCAAGGCAGGGAGUGGAGUGGUGUGUGGCUGGGUGGUGUGGCGCUGUGUGCCGCCCCCACAGCCAUCCAUGUGUUGUUACCAGGCAUUCCCAAACACCUCACCAUUGGAGAGUAGGAAAACAUAAUGAUUUAUCUUCUCAACUCUAUAAGAUUUUAUAAGCAAUAACAUAUAUAUAUAUAUAUAUAUAUAUAUAUAUAUAUAUAUAUAUAUAUAUAUAUAUAUCUAUAUAUAUAUAUAUAUAUAUAUAUAUAUAUAUAUAUAAACAAAAACUCUAACAUUGUUAUCUUCUCUCCAUCACAAAUGAAAUUAUAUUUUUUUAGGAUACCAAAAAAACAUUAUUGGUACUCUCAGAGCAGAAUACUAAAUAUAUUUCAGUAUAUGAAUGCAUUUGGGCAUUUCUUCCAUAUGAAUGCUUUGAGCACAGCGUUGCAUUGCAGGAUUUUGUGACUCACAGUCUUCACAGGUCAGUGAGCCGGACAAGGCCGAGUGAGUCAUGCAACUUACAAAACUCUGACAGCCGAGUGAGAACUAUAUUUCAAAUGUGGAAAACUCAUUAACUCAUCAUAAUAUUCAACUUCUUGUUCUCAAAAUUUACACAGUACAAGCAAGACUUUGCAGUUGCUGGAAAAGAUUAACAUGCAAAGAAGACGUCAAUCCUGUGAUGAGGUUUACCUAUCCAUCAAGAUGACUGGCACACAACAGUAAAUACAAACUUAAUAGAGAUAAUUUGUUCUUCAAAAUUUGAUGUGAAAAGCCAAACAUUAUUCAUGCAGUGCUGCUUCACAUCCAAGCCACACGGCACAUUCAGGAAUAGUACUUGCUGCUUUCUUUCCUUCGUGUAGGAACAACAGUGAGUCACAUCAGAGUGAACAGUAAUGCUUGGAGCACACUUGCUAAACCAACGCUGUUAUGUAGUGCGUACUUGAAAUUAGUAUUCCUAAACUGUUGCUUUACCUCCCCUUGGGUUGCUUUCCCUGCAAGCUGUGACCUAGUAGGCAAGUCUUGUCAGUGUUUUGUUUUCUUCAAAGUAAGUUUACAGCAAGCAUCAUUACAUGAUAAUUUACAGAAAAGUAUACAGAAGUUAGUUGAAAGUUGAUACAAACAGAAAACUAGACAAUGUCUCUACUAUCAUCUACACAAAGUCCUCAAGCAUCUUGUUCAUGAAGUGUUUAGGCAGUUUUUCUCCAAAUGAAGACAAGUGUUUCUUGUUGCAACCCUCGUGUGAAGUAAGAGGUGCUCCACGAGAGACACUUGUUCUUGAAUCUAAGAGAUAACGGUGAACAAGAGAAAUCCGAGGCUUGGUGUAGAUCCCUGUGUCCAACAGUACAAGAAUCGUGUGAAUAUGCAAGCACAGUGCUUUGGGAGCGCUGGCCCUUCUAUGUUCACUCGUGUCUGCAUGGUAAUAAAAGAAACGUGUGUAUGCUGUAAGAUAUUCUUCACGAUUACACUUUACCCUCAUAUAUAGCUAUUAAUUUAGGGGAGAUUUUUUUAUGGCAAGGAUGUUAUAUUGCAGCACUUGUGUCCUGCAGUGAGUGGAGAAAUAUAACUAUACUGCAAGACCUUCAAUGUUAUUGUGUUGUAUACAGGUCACUCCCGGGUAUCUUUUUGUAUGUAUAAGUAUAAAGCCUGUAUGCAUUGCAUACGAUAUAUUUUAGAGAACAUAGUAUUGAUAUUUCUUAUUAGUUUUUAAUAUUAUGUAAUGUAUUUUUUGUACCAAACAAAGUUUUGCAGAUUACAUAUCACACUGGAUUAUUUUGGACAUUUCUUUUUUAAUACAAUUGUUGCUAUUAGAUCUGUAGUCUAAUUUUAGGAGAUAUUCCUUUGUAAUCAAACCAUUUUAGAAAGUCUGUACUCAUUUGAAUUAUUUUUAUAAGUAGGUAAUUAUUACUUAAUCACUAAUAAGACUCAAUCACUUAUUUUUGGAAACUUUAAUUGGUGCUAAUGUAACCAUAAUUUAUCCUGUCAUAAUGUGACUUAAGUUAAGAAUCAAUUGGUGACUUACACACUGGGAGGCCUACCAUACUCUUGCGUUAACAGUGACUAUCUGGUGCUCACUUCACCAGGCAGUGUGAGACAAGCAGGAGGCAGUGCUGUGUUCACUGUGCUGUGUUUCAGGCCUGGUGCAGUGACUCUUUUGCUCUGAGUUUCCCGUUUUCUUCAGCGUGGCGCGUUAGUCACAGGGAGGUGUAUCCUGGAGAAUAAGCCAACUACUAAGUAAUACUGUGGAAUGCCAAACUAUUCUUUUGUUCUAUGUUGACGUUUUAAUGUUGUGCGUAGUUGAUCUGGAGCUUUGUUGUGAUAAUGUUGGUGAGAGACAAAGUCUGGGCGUCAGACUCGUGAGUGUUGUGGUUGUACACUGCUAACAGAACAAACAGCUUCCUAGUUGCCAAACUUAGCAAAUACAGUGUGUACAUAUCGUGUUAACCUCUACCUCCUCCUGAGUUCCGGUCUGGUGUAGCCUCGGCGCGGUGGGCUCCCUCACCGUGCCGUUUAGUUGGUGUCAGCACAAAAUUGUAGGACAUAUCUGAUGAACAUAAUAUAUUUUUGAUCCAGUUGAAUGAGAGUUAUAUAUGCCAUGUACCACACUAAUUGUAAUAAUGCCUAAUAUGUAGUUUGUUCAGCAAUUAUUUUUCCAGGACAAUAUUUCCUCCUUAGUAAUGUAGAGCACACUUAUGAUACUGAGACUACCGGUGUCUGCCCUGCCAGCCGUGCCAUGCCAAUGAGACCCAAAGGAGCAGGAUUCUUAAAAACAAAUAUCUAAUUGAUGUGUCAGCAUGAAAAGGGCUUUUAAUAUCACUAACCAGUAGAUCUAAAACUUUAACAUUCUGAUAAAGUUUUUAACGUAAAGUUGGAGACAGAAAAUAUCAAUCCACCUUACUCUUAACUCACUGUGACUGUGGCUCCCUCCUGCAUGAUGGACCUCUCCUCUCCCACCAGCCCUUCCCUCACACACCUCCCCCUCCCUUUGUCUCCCUCACACUUCUCUCCCUCCCUUCCUCUCCCUUCAUACCUCUCUCUCUCUCCCUCCCUUCCUCUCACCUCUCUCUCCCUUCCUUCCUCUCCCACCUGUUUCCUUCCCUUCCUCUCUCACCUGUCUCUCUCUUCCUCUUCCACCAGUCCCUUCCUCACACUUCUCUCCCUUCUUUCCUCUCCCUCCCACCUCUCCCUUCAUUCCUCUCCCACCACUCCCUCUUAAACUUCUCUCCCUUCCUCUUCCUCCUCUUCCAUGAGCCUUGCCACACAGAAAGAGGUCAGUCAGUCACAAGUUUAGAGAAAGUCGGAUGGGUAAUUUUGUCCACAACUGUACUUGCUGACCAUCAUCCAAGGGCGAGUUGAUCACUAUUGGCUAUGUAAGGUGUGAGUGGCCCGCCUGUAGCAGCAGUAUCAUGGGUCCUCAUUUAGCGAACACAUUACCUUCAACACCAACUUUUUCUCUUCAGUCGACCCAAGAUAACGAUUGAGUUUGUGAUUACCUCUGUGAACUGUACGAAGAGUAUUACAAUAGAGUGGCACUUGUGAAGCAAAUCUGUCUAUAUUUGUUGGUAUAAUACAAAGCCAGUAAUUAUUUUUUGAAUGUGGGCAUAUUUCUAUACAAAGACAUAACUUAAUGGUUUUGUAAAGGUUAAGAAGUGUAGUCUACAUGCUGUGUGAGGUCAUGCAUAACGGUCUGUUGCCAACGGGCGUAUUCAUAACACCGCUAAUCAGGUUGUGAGUAUCAGCACACAUGCUCAGAUUUACUUAUUUAACUUCUUUUUUGUGUGUGAAGAUUGUUAUCGAUACAAGUGCAAAGGAUGUUACUUCUCCAUAGGUUUGUGUCACUCAUCCACUGGUCAUACUCAAGCGUUAAUGAAGCAUGUAAACUAUUCUUGUAAGUAUUUUGGUCGAGAUCCUGUGUUUAGUGGUUCAAGAAAAGAAAUAGAGAACAUUAGAGGUACUCAAUAUUCUUAUCAGAGUUUCUGUGUCUCAGUAUCACAUAUAUUUUUAUAUAAAGUAAUUUUUAAGUACCGAGAUUCAUCCAUGUGAGAGUUGUGUCCCCAAGCCACCCACAGCCUGGCUUGUGGCUGAUAAUCAUACUUAACAAGGUACUACACUGAGGAGCUUACAACACCUCUCACGUGAGGAAAACAUCGUCAGUUUCUUGCCAUUUGUUUGUAACUAGCAGAUCACUCCAGUUCCCAUGUUUACACUUGUUAAAGGCCUUAUUUGUAAAUGACCAAAUCCUUAUGUCACCACAUUACUAUUGAUGUAAUAAAAAUAUCAAAUAAC